ACCAUCCAAACCAAAGCGCACAUCCCAAACGGAUCAGCCGCUUAGGGUUUCGUUUCUCCCUCUUUCGCAUCGCAUCGCAUCCCUAACCCUAGCUCCCGGCCCUCGCCCACACCCGCGCCCGCGGCGGCCAUGGCGGCGGAAGCCCCACCGUCGUCGUCGACCUCCUCCUCCGCGGGGCCCCCCGCCGCGGCCGGCUCCAGCGGCGGCGGGGCGGCGGCCUCGCCGGACUCGUACAUCGGGAGCCUCAUCAGUUUGACAUCCAAGAGCGAGAUCAGGUACGAGGGCAUCCUCUACAACAUCAACACCGAGGAGUCCAGCAUCGGCUUGCGCAAUGUUCGAUCAUUUGGAACCGAAGGGCGCAAGAAAGAUGGAGUGCAAAUUCCUGCUAGCACCAAAGUUUAUGAGUACAUACUUUUCCGGGGAAGUGAUAUCAAGGAUUUGCAAGUUAAGUCAUCACCACCUCCACCGCCACCACCACAACCAGCUGCCCCGCACAAUGAUCCUGCCAUAAUACAGUCGCACUACUCUCAGCCAGCAUCGGCUUCUUCAAGUUUGCCUUCUGCUGGAAGUGCAGUAUUGCCAGACCUCAGCUCCCAGGCAGCUCAAUAUGGGCUUCAGAGGCCAAGUUUUCAGAGCAAUAUUCCUCUAUAUCAACCUGGGAGUGUUCCAUGGGGAUCCUCUGCUCCACCUUCUGCUGGAAAUGCAUCAGGCCUUUCAGUUCCCCCAAUGUAUUGGCAGGGAUAUUAUCCACCUGGUGGGCUUCCACCUCAUUUGCAGCAACCUCCUUUGCUCCAGCCAGGAUUAUCAGUUCCCCAGGGUCUCCAAUAUGCAGGAUUGAAUCCCACUCUAUCGUCAGGGCCACAAAAACUGUCAGAACUGCAGCCCCCCUUGCUGCAACCACCUGGUACUACCCAAGGCCCUUCCUCAGGUAUCCUGCCCACUACAACAGCACCUUCUUCUGCUAACUUACUAUCUCCAGAAACUUCAAAGCCCCUUCUGCCGAACAUGGGUCCUUUGUUUACUCCUCCAGUUCCAUCUGUGGGCGCCACCCUUCCUUUAGCUAGCCUGCCAACAUCCAUUGCUGAAAGUAGUGCAAUGGCCCCACAUAAUUUUAGUUCGCUUGUGAGCAAUAAGACUGCGGAUAUUCCAGGUUCAACAUUGGCAUACCAAUCAGUGUCACAGGCAGUUUCUUCGACUGUUGCUUCAUCUAGCUCAGCCCAUAUGGAUAUGCCCGUACCUUUGUUGGCAUCAUCAGGUCAACUACUGCAGAAUGCUCCAUCGAUGCUUUCAUCAUCUCAGUCCAUGCAGACACCUUUACAGAUGAGCAGCAAAGAUUUCAAGGCAGUUGAAUCAAAAACUAGGGUUGUAGAACCAUUGCUACCUGAUCCACCGUCACGUGCUCUUCCUGAAAAUAAUGAGCCUAUAUUGCCAUUGCCGAAACAAACACCUCAAAAGUACAAUGGAGCUGGUUCACACAGCAAUCACCACUACAGGGGCCGUGGAAGAGGUAGAGGCAGCGCGUUUUCGCAGUCAGUAACAAAUUUUACUGAAGAAUUUGAUUUCAUGGCCAUGAAUGAGAAGUUUAACAAAGAUGAAGUCUGGGGUCAUCUUGGUAAGAAAUCCCAUUCAAGGGACAAAGAUGGUGAGCUGGGCGAUGAUGUGUUUGAUGAAGACCUGGAGGAUGAGGAAACAGAAAAUCCUGAGCUAGCUGCUAAGCCUGUUUAUGUCAAGGAUGACUUUUUUGAUUCCCUCACUAGUGGAACAUUUGGACGUGGAGGGCAAAACGGGAGGUCAAGAUUUUCCGAACAGCGCAAACUAGAUACAGAGACUUUUGGUGAUUUCCCAAGGCAUCGCCAGCCCUAUCGUGGUGGGGGGCGUGGUUACCGUGGCGGCGGUCGCGCCCGUGGGUCAUACUACGGUGGCAGAGGGUAUGGAAGCAUGGGAGCAAGGGGUGGGCAGGGUAAUUCUUACCCUCACCGUGGUUCCUACUGAAGGGGCUGAUGAUGAUAGCAGAUAUGUACUGUCAGUCAUACCGGCUGGUGCUGUAUCCUUCACCAUGAUGCACCAGCUCUUACUGUUGUCCAAAUAAAUGGAACUUAGCGUGCCCCUUGUGUUGGCAGGGGCCGUAUAGGUUUGAUGUCCGGUGGUUUAUACCCCUAGAGUUGUCAGUAGAUGGGGGCAGCUGAUGCUCUAUCAUCAUAUAUAGUAGGUGCAAAGUGUGCCUCUUACUCUUUAGGGUGUUACCAUGCGAGUGGGAUUUAGUUUGUAUAGGCGGAUCUCAUUCCUGGUACACCAUGCUGGGCUUAACUCACUCGGUGACUCUUUUGUCUCUUUUCUAGACUUAGCUGUGUUGUUUGUUUUUGUACCUUUAUAUGCUAAAGAGAUUGCUUUGACUUUGAAUUUGAAGUGCUUAAUCAUCAAGUUUAUCAUAUUAAUA